GGCCCAAGCAGCAGCCCAAAAGCUGCCUGAAAACCUGUCGAUUGCCUGAUAAACUUGUUGGGGCAUCGGCAAACUCAACUCCAAUUAGGCGGUCUAGAGCGAGACUGGACGGGAGGUCCAGUCGCUCCGAUGACCUUGCAGGGACCCAGAUCCAGAUCCCGAGGCAAAUGCAGGCCACUGUGGCAUUGGGUCAAUCGGCAGCCAGUUCUCUAUAUAAACAGAGGUCCCAGGCAAAGUGAAUUUGUGUAAAGUCAGAUAUCGACAGGAGCAAACCUUAGCCUUCUUUUACUCGAGAAUCGUACUAUCAUGUUGAGCAAAAUUACACUUUUUGUGACCUUUUUAGCCGUGGCUCAAGCGGGUUUACUGCCCGUGAAAUCUGCGGAAAGCGAUGCCACCUUUGACCCCCAUCCGCGCUACUCCUUCGGCUACGAUGUCCAGGACUCGCAGACUGGAGAUGUCAAGUCCCAAUCGGAGUCCCGGGAUGGAGAUGUGGUCCAGGGCCAGUAUUCCGUGAAUGAUGCCGAUGGCUACAGACGAACCGUGGAGUACACCGCUGACGAUGUGCAUGGCUUCAAUGCGGUGGUGCGGCGAGAGCCACUCUCAAGUGCCGGAUUGGUAAUAAAGCCGUUGGCAGCAUCGGUUACUCCAAAGGUUCAGUUCCAGCAGAAGCCACUGAAGAAGCUACCUGCCCUCAAGCCUCUAUCCCAGGCUUCCGCUGUGGUGCAUCGAUCCUAUGCUCCAGUGAUACACCAUGCUCCCGUGACCCAUCAUGUGUUGCAUCAUGCCGCUCCCACACAUGCCAUUGUCUCGCACCACGUGCCUCUGCUGAAGAGCUCUCUGCAUCACGGACACCAUCCCCAUGCCAUUUCCUAUGUUUUUUAGGGGCAGCUUUCCGUUAACUAUGACUGA